AUGUUUGCAGGUGCCCAAGAGAAUGGUAUGGCUGCUCCUAAUCCUAAAUCUACAGUUGGAGUCUCUGUUCUCGUUGGUGUUCUAUGGGGUGCUUUGAAGCGACGAGAGGCUGCUGGUGAUUUGCUCGUAUUAACCAUUGAUGAAUACCUCACCUCUUGACCAUGCAACAAUUGCCACUGCAACACCGUUGAAGCAUUGAAGACUGU